UCAGUCAAUGCUUGUUUAUCGUGCGCUGCGGACGUGCCGAGCGACCCGUGCGUGGUGUUUUUAUCCCGAAUGGUGAUUGGUUAGAAGGCAUCAAAGAAAAUUGUGUGUGUACACAGCAGAAGCCUAAUAACUGGAGGAAGUAAUUUUUAACCAGCGAAAAAAAAUUGUUUCUCGCCAAAGGGUAGGAAGUAAAUUGGCGUGCAGUGUUGAGCAUCGCAGUGCCUCACCGGAUGAGGGCAAAUAUUAGCCCAAAAAAAAAACAGUAGAAACAGACUUAGGGACGCAGCCGUCAUGAGUGGUGCGGAGAGAAAAAAUCAAUCGCGCUGGUAGGAACGCGUAUAGCGAAAACCGAAGAAAUGUUGGAUAGUGAACGACGUAUAAAGUGGGAAUGCCCUCGAGUUUCGGCGGGCCUCGUGUACUGAUGAGCGGAAGUUCAUAAUUAUCGGCUUCGAGUAGUGAGUUGAGAUUUCAAAAGCCAAUUUCGGAACGGAAGCUGUGAGAAAGCAAACCGCUCGAGAUUAAGUGUUUUCCCCUUAAUUGACCGUGUGAGAGGAAAAGUGGUUAGAAGUGCCGUUCUGUAUUCGGCGGCCGCAAGGAUUCACAAACGGACUGAUGUAAACAUUCGGCUGCAGCGAGAAUUGAAAUAAGAGAUAGAAAUAGUGCUACACAGUGUGCAUCAGACAAUCGCAGCUGAACAUCGAAGUGGGAGAUAUGAGAGUCGGAUUCGGUCACAAAAAAAGGAUUACGAAAUAUUCAAUUUCCGAAUAAAAGUUUUUCCUCGUUUGGCCUAUUGCCUUGGCCGAUAAUUCACACGCAAAUAUACGCCCCCCAACGACAGUGAUCGCCGUGACCGGCCAUUAAACAGUGUGCGUCAGGACCUCGGACUCCGGUCGCAUUCCAAACGUAUUACGUAAUAAAUUUUCGUAUAAAGCCCAUAACAAGGAUUAAAUUGGAUUUAUUACCAGUGAACGAAAAAUUGAUUUAUGUACAAAAUUGAUUUUUUAUGAUUUUCCGCCUCGCUUUGCAUUACACUUUCGGUGAAUAAUUUCUGUCGGGAUCUGAUGCGAGUGCACGUGCCGAAGGUGAAACUACGGAACACGGCAACGAUUAUCGCAGCACGGCGGCAGUUAUCGGCAUGCGGCGUGUUUCCAGCGAAGCAUUAUAAAUAGUAUUGUGAUAAUCAUAAUUCUAGUUAAUAUUCCUCCCAUGAAUCGGGUUAAAACGGAGGAGUCGCAGCAAGAAAUACCGGAGAAAGUAGUGUUUCCGUGGAAAAUCAAUUAAGUGAGUUGGAAUAGUCCACUGACUUUGCGCGGGUGAGAUAAAAUAAAUGUAUGCAAAUGAGAACGUAAGGCGAAAAUCACUUUUAAGAUCAUUAGAAAGGAAGGAUCGAGAUACGCCCUCUCAUGUGUUUGUUAGUGUGCACCCAAACGAUGUUCGGAUGAAAGAAAAACCAACCCAGUAACGAGGGCAAAUAACGAAGGAAAAAAAAGUUGAAAUGGUGUGAUAGUGUAAAGACGUACAUACAGCAUAGAAAGCAUUCUCCCAGGAUUAAGUGCGAUUAAAGAGGUUGCGCGGAUUAAGUGGAAGCUUCUGGGGAUAUAAAUAAAGACAUAGACUACGGCUCUUACACAGUGUUACAGCUCCAUACAAAGCAAACAUACAUUUCAAGUAUAGUGACUAUGGUGGAAAGUAUAUGAAACGAUAGCAGAUCACAGGCGAAAAUUGUAUAAUCCCUGUGGUAAUAUGCUUAAUAAUUUGUAAAACUCGGUGCUGCACAAUAUAACGCGAAGAAGACGACUACACAAACAGCACAAUUAUCCAGCUCCUAACUGAUAAUCUAGAUCGUACCCUCGGUACAUAAAACAUCGUCAGCAUCAUACCCAACGAUACGGUUCUAUGCUGUCCAACAUCGGGACGAGCAACACGAGGGAAAACGGAACUCAUCUAAUUCCUUUGGAUAACCACGAUAACGAAAGCGAACCAUCGGCAGCAUAACAACACACAACGAAUGCGAACGCUUUUGCUGUGCUGAAACAGAGAGCCUCAUAUGGCAGCCCACAACCCGAGAAUCGAGAUUGAUGAUAGCAAAUUGUGUACCAGCACACGGUCAGUACGGGUGGGAGUGAAUACCGGUAUACACUUUACCGCAAAUAGAGAAGACGGUAUCUCGUUUUUUGGGUUCAUCCCAAACGCAUAUCCCCAAUAACCUCGCAUGUCACCACUACUCCUCGUCAGUCAACGAAACUAGAGAAGCAUAGCGUAUUAAGUAUUGGAAAUCGCUUUAUCUUCACCCAUCUCGGUAAGCGAAAAAUCUUUAUCAUGACGACCGGUCAACAACGCAGCACAACAACAAUGACAUCCGAGACAUCGGCCUCAUCAUUGGGCGAUGUUGUUAGUAGCAGUAGAACUAAAACGCAUAGUCAUCGAUCGAAAACAGCCGCCUCUAUUUCGUCCGUCAUUUCGGCUAGUUUACUGGUGGUAUCGAUUCUCCUGACUGUGUGCAUCGUACGGACAGAUGCCGAGCGAAGCUGCCCCGCGGCAUGUCAGUGCAAGUGGAAGGGGGGAAAACAGGCGGUUGAAUGCAUCGACAAACAGUUGAUUAUAAUCCCGGAGCACAUAGACUACUCCACGCAAGUGCUGGACAUGUCCGGCAACAACCUACAGAUACUGCCGAAGGAGACCUUCAGUCGUGCGAAUUUGCUCAACCUACAGAAGCUCUACCUGCGCAAUUGUCGCCUAGGGCAGAUCGAUGACGGAGCUUUUGCAGGUCUGACCAACCUGGUCGAGCUGGAUCUUUCCCUGAAUCUGCUCACGGCAGUUCCAUCCGCCUCGUUCCUGUACAUAGCAUCGCUAAGAGAUCUCACGCUGGCCCGUAAUCACAUCCAAAAAAUCGAAUCCCACGCUUUUCGUAAUGUCACCAGCCUCACCAAGCUGGACCUGUCGUACUGCGAGAUACAAACUAUCGCACCACAGGCUUUCGAAGGACUCAGUUCGUUACACUCACUAAAGCUGAACGGCAAUCAGCUGUCGGAACUAAGGCCUAAAACAAUCGAGACACUCAGCAAACUACACGGAGUUGAGCUACACGAAAACCCGUGGGUAUGUGACUGCCGACUACGAGCAACCAAGGUUUGGCUAACUGACAACAAUAUACCGUAUCCGAUCGCACCAGUUUGUGCCGGAGGCCCGGAACGAAUAAUCGGCAAAACGUUCGCAGAACUUCACGUGGACGAUUUUGCCUGCAAACCUGAAAUGCUUCCAGUUCGAAGGUAUAUUCAGGCUUUCACCGGAGAAAAUGCCAGCAUCGAAUGUAGAACCAGCGCGGUUCCGUCAGCCAGUGUCAACUGGUACUGGAACGGAAAACUACUGGCCAACAAUUCGCAGUUCAGUUCCUACCAGCGAGUGUACGUAUACGAGCAGGGCAAUUUUGAAAAGCGCAGCCGGCUGGUGCUGACGAAUGCCCAGGAGACGGACUCCAACGAGUUCUACUGCGUGGUGGAAAACCGAGCCGGAACGGCCGAAGCUAAUUUCACCCUGCACGUUGUGGUGCGGGACAUCGGAUUCGCCAUUGAAAACAAACAAAUAAUCGGCCUCAGUGCUGCGCUAGUAAUACUGAUACUCUUCAUACUGCUGAUCAUCCUCUUCCUGUUGGUCCGGCUACGUCGGAUACCGAUGACGGAGACGAAAACACCUGGCCAGGUUGAGGUUAUAACCUCCGUAAGUCCCUCUAGUAAUGUUAAUGGCAAGGUGAGCACACCAAUUAAUGAUGUCCAUUCUCCAGAUCGAAAAAACUCCGGCGAUCUAAAGUUCGCCAAUCCGGUGCAGAAACCGCCCCGAUUGACUGAUUUGCCUUAUUCGACGUCCCAUUACGAUGCCGGUGGCAGUUUGAUCGCAUCCGGUAACUGUUUCGUGUCGCCAACGCAUUCGUCCGCUGGGAAUAACCCUGACUUGAUCAACGAUACGAAACGGCUCGGCAGCAUCAACGAUCUGGCCGGUGGUCAAGGCCUGAUGGAAAAUAGCGGGAGUGCCUCACUUUCUGCGAACAUAACCAACGCGCUGAACACGCUCUCACUGAUGGAUCCUAUCGAGCGGCCGGGUAGCGGUGAGUACAGCCGGGCUGGCUGUGAUUCACUGUACCCUUCCGGUCUAUGGGAAACGCACAGCUCCAAUCUUACGUCGGCACUGGAGCAAACAACUGAUAUGCUGUUAACGCGAACUCCUACGUCGACGAUUGCCAGCGGAGGUUAUACCACCUACUCCGAUAAGGUUCCGAUCAUCGGGACGAACAACAACAUGAUGAAUAUGGACGACGAAACGUCAUCGGUGGAUUAUCUCAGUCGAACGUUCCCUCGUACUCACUUCGGUGGCAGUGGUACGUUGACUGUCGCCGGUGGAAAUGGAAGCAGCAACGGUUCCAGUGUGGUAGGUGCUGUGGGAGGACCUGUCCCUGCGCCAACCGGAGGUGGUUAUCCUUCCGAUUACGGGCUGCCCAUUGUGCCCGGGGCGGAACAGCUACACAACAAACUGAGCAGUAUACAGCCGAUGCAUCACGGCAGCACCGGGAGUAUGCCAAUGAAUGCCAAGACCCUGCGUGUGUGGCAGAAAGGGGGCGUACCGGUGCUGCCGCCAGUGACGGCCUUGAAACGUGCAUUAUCCAACAGCCGGAACUCCCCAGACGAGGGCUACCAGGAAGGAUGCGGUACUGAUGUGUAGUCAAUUUUUUAAGGUUCUGUUUUUAUUACGUGCGUAGUUUAGCGGCCUGAGUGAAUGAGAGGGGGGGGGGAGGACGAUUGCGAUUGGGAUGCGAGAAUGAGAGAUUAUCUUUAUUUUGUAUACAUAUAUCAAGGUUGUUUGAACACACUUUGUUUCCUGAUUGGACCGACGGGAAGUUUGUUCAAAGUUUUCCUUACUGGGGGGAAUGUCGACUGAAAUACUAGAAACGUAACUACACACAAAAUGAUAAGAAUGUUUCUCUGAAGAGCGGAAAGGUUCAUAUCAAGGCUGGUGACAUUAUGGAGAGCGUGUAAAAAAAAUCAAGAAGGCAAACUUUUUUGAAAUGAAAAAGACUUGUAAUUUAAUUAUUGAAAUGGUAAAAAAAUAGGUGUACAGAAAAAUAAUCAAUAAACCUAGUUCAUAAUUAUAGCGAGGAAUAAAUUAUAUAUAUACAUUCAAACGAAAACGUAUAUAAAUGGUUAAAUUGAAAAAAGAAAUAAAAAAACAUGCAAAAAAAAACUAGGCUAGUUUUAUAUAUGAAAAAACAACGUGUAAAAAGUUAAUUUAAUACGAGUAAAGUAAAUCGGAGUAAAUAUAAAACCAAAGACUUUGAAAAUUGUGAAGAACUUUCUUCUGAUGCUACAUUGUGAAAGGGUAGAAAUCCCGAAGAAAACAAUUAAAACGAACAGAUGUAAGAGAGAAUCUGUGGAAAAUGCUAGUAAGGAGCAGAAAAAAACCUACAUACCUUAGUAAACGAUCUUUUAGGACGAAAGAGAAAUAAAAAAAUGAAGUAUAUAAAAUUGA